CAUUCAUUCGUGGCGACUUUGCGUAGUGAGAGCGCAGCGACACCGAAACAUUGUGAAAUGUGAGCGGCCACUGCUUGUCUUGCUUGGCUGUAUCUACAUAAUUUACUUUGAAUUUGAAAGUAGUGGCUAUGAACAGUUACUGUACUGAUUUCUGCCAUAAUACAUGUUGAAUUUCUUAUUGCGCAUAAAUAAUUGUGAAUAUUGGAGAACUGCCCAUUUUCAAUGCUCAUUGUUCCAACGAAUAUUAGUGAUACCUUCAUAAUGGCGGAUGCAGCAACAAAUUUGGAAGACUUAGAAGAUGGGGAGAUUGAAAGUGACGGAGAAGAUGCAUCUGGCCCGCAAGCAGAAAACAAACAGGAAGACAAUGUACAAGUUCCUCAGGAGAAAAGUAGUCAAGAAAAUAUGGAUACUCAAGAAUUUUAUUAUUCUAAAUCAGGUAAGAAAAAGAAAAAUAAAUCAAAAGGCGAGCAAAAGUUUAAAGAUAAAAAUAAGAAGAAAAAUAAAUAUUCUAGUCCAACCAUCGAAGAAGAUUUUGCUGGUAAUAUAGAAAAAGCAAUUAGAAAAGCGAUGAACAAAAAUGAUGAAGAUAGUAAUGUUGAAGAAGAUGUUGAAGAUCGCCGAAAACAUAAGAAAAGAAAGAAAUAUGACAAUAAAGAUGGCUUGCCAAAAAAACGUAAAAAGCAAGAAUAUUCUGAUGAAAUGGACGAAGAUGAAAUGAUGUGUGUGAGGGGUGCGUCACCAGUUCAGAAACCUUUAGAUUCUUUUGGAGAAGAUGACAGGGAUUCAUAUGCUUCAGAUAGCAGUCAUGAAUCUCGAGAACAACAGCAUCAGCGGGCUCAAAGAAAAAGACCUCAAAGGGAGCGCAAUAAGAACCAUAAAAAUGAUCGGAGAAGAGUUCAAAAUCAAAUGCAGGAUGGAGAUGGAGUUUGUUCCUAUUAUAUGCAAGGGAAAUGUCAUAAAGGUGACGAUUGCAUAUACUCACACGAUGCCCAACCUCCUCGGAAAAUGGAACUAUGUAAAUUUUAUUUAAUGGAUUGUUGUGCAAAACGAGAUAAAUGUCUUUAUAUGCAUGCAGAUUUUCCUUGUAAAUACUACCAUACUGGUCUUCCUUGCAUUUUUAAAGAUGAUUGUAAAUUUGCACACGGUAAACCAUUGACUGAAAAUUUAAAAAAUAUUUUAUUAAAACAUAUUGAAUCUGCGCCUAAGGAAAUUUUGGGAGAUUUUCCUAGGUUACACAGAGAAGGAGCGUUACAAAUGAUUCAAGCGACUCAGUUAAAAUUGAUGCAGCAAUAUUCAGAGAAUACUGAUAAUGAUGAUAAAACUAUUCCUUCUCUGUUUGAUUUAAAUAUACAGAACCCUCAAAAUGUAAUGGAUAAUAUACAAUCAAAUCAGUUUAAUAACGAAAGGCAAAAUAAAGUUUCUCCAAAAAUACGGCAGUCCAGGUGGCAACAUGACAAUACUAAUCAAAAUUUUAACAUAAAUAUGUCACCAAAUAGCAGUGUUGGUACUACUAAUGUUUUGAGCAUUAAGAACUUAACUGGCGUUUUGACACCGAGGCAGAUUUCCGAUCUCACGAAAAUGGGUAUUGAUAAUUUAGAUCAACUAGGACAGUUAACCGUAUUACAACUGAAUAGCAUUGGAAUUUCCCUAAAACAAAUUACUGAAAUACAAUUGAAUACCAUGAACAUACAAAAAUUGGGGUUGAUUAAUCCUAACAAUGAACAAACACAACUACCGUUUGCAACUACCACAUCUUCUAACAAGGACUUGGACUUAAGAGUUCCGCCAGUAAUUCCAAUUUCUAAUAAUGCAACAGUAAGUACGUCUUUGCCUGGUCAGGAUGUUGAUAUGCGGUUCCAAACGCCAUCGCUUGCUAUUCCAUCGCCAGAUGAUAAUAGUACGAGUAAUAUCAUUUUAAAAAAAGAGCCUCAGGCAAAUAAAGACAUGAUUGAUAUUGAUCAGUAUACUAAAGAUGCAUUAAAGUUUGCCUUGAAAGAUAAAGAAAACAUAGAUGUGUCAAACGAUACAUAUGAAAGCGAAAAUUCUAUUAUGCCACUUGAAACAAAAGAUGUCGAUCACAGGGUACUUCCUUUCACAGACGAAAAUUUACUAAAAUUGCAGUCUAAUAUUAAAAAAGAAUUAGAAGAGAUUAAUUCGAAAACAGAAUUUGAUACUGAUAUUCGUUUUCCUACUAUGAAGAGAGAAUCCGAAGAUACUGUCAUUAAAAAAGAACUCGAUACCGACAUCCGUUUUGGUUCUAAUAAAAAAGAUUUUGUAGAUAACACUAUAAAAAAAGAAUUUGACACUGAUAUACGUUUUCUUCAACCUGAGCCAAUAUUCAAAAAUUCAGAAAAGAAACAUCGUCGUUCAACGACAGAUGACGAGGAUAACUUGUUGAUCGAUGAAAAAUGGUACUCAAGUGAUGAGGAAAAAGGAAUUAAAAGAAAGUCGCCCGUUUCUUCACCGAAACCACAUUCACAAUCGCCUCUAAUUCCUGCCCCCCAUGUUAUAGAACCUUCUUCCGUUUUAAGUAGGAUUGGAGACCUUUCAAAAAUAGAUAUAAGCGAAGAGGUUACAAAAUUGUUAAAUACAAUGAAAAACAACUUGCAGGAACCUAAAUCUGAAAACAUCAUUGAACAAAUAGGUUCACCAAAAUCAAGGGAUCCUAGGUCUCGAAAAUCUCCGGACAGAACUAGUGAUACGAGUAAAAUUUCAAAUAAAAAACCUACGCGAAUUUCAAUAUAUGAAUGUGUGGAUGGGGAACCAACUGAUGGCCGUAGAAGAACGGAUGUAGAUUUACGACAAUCUGAAUUUAAAUUACCCACUUUUGGAGACACGGAUCUUCGGCAGACGACCAGUGGCGAUAUUGAUUUUCGUAUAAGUUUGCCAUUUAAACCAAUAAAUAAUUAUACUCCAGCGACUGAAAUUAAUGGGUCAAUAAAUAGUCACCCUCCUAUUCCGUAUAAAUUGAUACCCAUAGAUAUACCACGACCGGAUUACACUGAUAUUAGAGACAGUACAGCGAAAUCGCAAGCAUUAAUAGAUCCGAGACUGAGAAAAGUGUUCAGGUUAUCAAUAGAAGAGUCAAACAGUGAUAGUGAAAAAACAAGCAAACCUGUAACUCCUGCUGCGCCGCGAGUUGACCCACGCCGAAAACCAAAAGAUAUCUCAGACGUUUCAAAUCCAGACCAAAAGUCGAGCGCUUUAGAAUUACAAAACAUUUUACAAAAUUCUAACUGGUAUAAAGAUUUAAGCUCUACCCAAAAAAUAUUUGUUAAUCAACAUCUUGCACCGGUCGUUCAAAUCAUAAAACAGUAUCAACAAGAAAAGGCUACUGGAAAAAAAUUAGACCUUACAUUUUUACAAAGUAAUACAGUGUUGUGCAGUAUCUUUACUAAUUUAGGCGUAUCCCUGGGAGAUAAUGGGGAAUUUUCUUAUAUUCCAAAGCCGAAAGAAGCUUUAUUAAAAACUCCAAUCAAUUUUAACCAAAAUCAGAGUCCUUUUGGUAUGAACAACAUGCCGAUGAUGCCCGGUAGCAUUGAUGGCAACAACACGAAUAUGAUGAAUAUUCCAGGGAUGGGCAUGGGUGGUAUGAACAACAUGAACGUUGGUCCGAUGCAUAACUAUAACCAGCCUAUGACAGAUCCGCGUGGUGGACCUGCACCCGGUCUUCUAGGCAUAGCUCCAAAUAUUCCUCAUAAUUUUAGCAAUAAUAACUUUGGUGGUCCUAGUAGUUUUGGUAAUAUGGGUUUUAAUGGGCCAGGACCGGGUAAUGAUUUUAAUUUUAUGGAUGGCGAACAAAAUUUCCCAAGAUUCCCUAAUCGAGGAGGUCAUCGAGGUCGAGGUAAUGACAGGUGGAACCGUGGAGGUUCUGGCAGAGGACAUCGGGAUAGAAAAAACUUUAACGACCGCGGUGGGUGGAAGAAAUGAGAGACAUUAGUGUAUAUACAGUUAGUUUUAUACUUACGAUUAUAGUAUAAAUCCUGUUAAAUUUAUUUUUGUUUAAAUAGAGUUAGUAGUCCUUCCACAUACUACGAAAUGUGAUCAAGGUGAUAAUUAUUAAUGACAGACUUUUGUAGGUACACUUUUAUAGGUAAUUUAUAUAAUUGUAAGUCUAAGAAAUCUCGUGUACAAGGUCUUAAGUGUAAAUAUUUUUGCAAAGUACAUGUAUUAUCGGUCAGUGGUAGUAUUACGUGAAAAUUGUGGAAAAUAAAAAAUAUGAAUUAUGCUUGUAACAAGAAGUAUCUAUUAUAAUAGCCAAAUGUGUAAAGACUGAAGGCAAUUUUUGUGUUAUGUAAUUAAUACGAAAUAAUUUAACAUUAUACGUGAAGUUUUAGUUCGACAGACCUAAUAAGUUGUGUAGAGGUCACUAUUAAUUUAUCAUGUUUGUUUAAAACCAAUUUCUUGAUUCAUACUUUGCCAUGCAAGUAAUUUAAUAUUUUCUACAUGUGGACCUAAAUAAAUCUAGAAGCAAUA